UGGUUGUCUCUCGAACAAAACUCUCUUCCUCUUUCGACUAUUCUCGCGCUCGGUACGCGCGCGCGAAAGAAGCGAACCCAAAAAUAUAUUUGACUAACUGAAAAACAAGACUAAGUUUUCUACACCGGUCUUUCAACUCCCUUUCUUUCCUUUUAUAAGAUCAUCUCGAAAGGUGUGUGCGCUGAUAGCACCCGAGUGAUCACGCGAAAGAUCAACCUCUUCACCCCUGAUUCUUUUCUUCUCUUCGCGAGCACGUGUUAAUGGACAUUCUACCUGAAUAUUCAAGUUUCCAAGAAUAACGGUAAUAUGAGACUGACUAAAUCGGAAUCUUCAAUUUGUGAUCAAACUAUUAUCGAAGACAAUGAGAAAACAUUGGAAAUGAAGAAAUUAGGAAGCAAAUCUAAACGUUCGUCUUAUGAAAAAUUCGAAGACGUAUGCGGCUUUAAAUUCGUCGAAUUAUGCAGUUUUCCAAAUUUCGUAAAACUUCUCUAUCGGCCGACGGAUCCAGCGAGUUUGGGUGUAACGAGAGCACUUUUCGGUUUGUGUAUGAUAGUGGACGUUGUCGAAGAAAGAGGAUUGGCGGAUGUCGAUAUAAAAUGGGGAGAUUCAUGGGAUUGUCAUUUCCCAUUGAUUCACGGAAUGACGCCUCUUACGUUACCUUGGAUGAUAGUAAUUUACGGUGUAAUGUGGUUAGGUGCUUUUGGGAUCAUGCUUGGUCUUCAAUUCAAACUAUCUUGUGCUUGUUUUAUCAUUCCUUACUGGUACAUAUUUCUAUUAGAUAAAAGUUAUUGGAAUAAUCACACGUAUCUUUAUGGUAUCGUGGCGACUCUUUUCUGGUCUACCGAAGCAAACAAGUACUUUGCUUUCGAUGCCAUUCAUGAUAAAAAAGUAAACAAAACUGUGCCACUGUGGAAUUAUUUUAUACUGAGAUUUCAAUUUUUCACUUUAUACUUCUUGGCUGGUUUGAAGAAAUCCAGUAAAGAAUGGCUCGAUGGAUAUUCCAUGACGAAUCUUUCAAGACACUGGGUUUUCGAUCCAUUCAAAAUUGUCCUGACGACUGAAGAAACAGAUUUCUUUAUAGUUCAUUGGUUUGCUUUUAUAUUUGACUUAACUGUUGGAUUUUGGAUGUUAUUCGAUAAAACUCGACUACCUGCGAUGAUAUUCUGUACGGCCUUCCACUUAAUGAAUUCGAGACUAUUUAGUAUAGGUAUGUUUCCAUACGUAUGCCUAGUAACAAUGCCUCUUUUUUGUAAUUUCGAUUGGCCACGAACUUUUUACUCUUGGAUCAUGUUUAAACGAAACAUCACAAUUUCCAAAUCUAUGAUUAUCAUGAAAAAUUGUUUCGAAAAUCCAGUUAAAAAACUGAUGAAUAAAGAAACGAAUGGGAUUACGGAUCUAAACGAAUACGAUUUGCAAAAAUCUAUCACGGACGAAACUAAACAUUGCGAGUCGUCUGAAAAGAUAAAAACUAUCGAUGAUUCAAAAAUGAACAAUAUUAAGGAAGAAAAAGUAACGAAAAAACAACGAUUCAUCGUAUCCAUGCUAUUACUUCAUAUUGGCUUACAAUUAUUUUUACCAUACUCGCAUUUCAUUACUAAAGGCUACAACAAUUGGGUCCCAGGUUUGUACGGUUAUUCCUGGGAUAUGAUGAUUCAUACUUGGGAUACAAUAUUAGUUGUAAUCCGUGUUCAUGAUAACGAGAAUAACGAAGAUCGUUUUCUCGAUCCUGAUACGUGGGUGCAAAGUGAUCGAUGGGUGAAACAUGGUGACAUGGCCAGACAAUAUGCUUUUUGCAUAAAGAAUAAUAUAUUGCGAAAAAAAGAAGAAGCUCUGAGUAGCGAUCCUAUACAUAAAGAAAGAGAAAAGUGGACUCAAUUUUCAUCGAAUUUAAGCAUCUACAUCGAUGCAUGGUGUUCCUUGAACGGAAGAUUUCAACAAAGAAUAUUUGAUCCAAACGUUGACAUGUUGACAGUCAAUUGGCAUCCUUUUAAACAUGUUUCUUUUGUUAUGCCUCUUCUAACGCAAUACAAUUCUUAUAGAUAUAAAAUGAACGACAUUCAAAAAGACGUAUACAGUUGGUCGAACUAUACCGACGUUCUAUUUGUAGCAGAUUUCCCGAGUAGGUCCUUGGAAAAUUACAUUGGCAGUGAUUUCACGAACGUGUCGUUGAUGAUACUUGAAGGUAAAGUUGCGUAUAACGAAGAAGAUCAAAUGGAAAGUGUAAUUUUACACAAAGGAUCAUCGAUAGAUGUAAAAACUGAAAAAUUUCAUAAAAUUCAAACGAUUAGUCCUUAUCCAGCCUGUUACAUGUAUACGUAUACUAAUCAAACAAAACAAAUAUUAGAUCUAGAAAGGAAAAUUCAAGACACUAAUACUAAGAAACCAUUCUUACUCAUGCAGGAAGUAAAUUAUAAAAUAGAUUCCUGGGCAAGGGCAUUGAGUCACCUAGGAAAUGCCUUUUUCAAUCUUGUUUACGACGUUCCUAUGAUACGAAGAAUACGCAUUAAACGAGAAGCCUAAAAAUACAAACUUAAAGAAACGUAAUCUCAGAUUAAAUCAAUUUAUAUAUCUAAUGUUAAAUCAUACAAAUAUUUAUUUUAGGUAAAUAACUCACUAUUAUCGGUCUAAAAUUUGAGAGACCUAUUUUUAUACAUUUACAGUCUUACAUAUUUAUACUCUAUUUUAUAUUAAUUAAUUAAUACAGAUU